UUGAAGUACCUCGGAAAGCAUCGACGCGACCUCUGCUGGAAAGCGCGUCGUAUCUAGUUUACGAAAAUCGUCAGGAGCGACCGCAGGCCAGCAGACAUGCUCCAUGGCCUGACUUCGUGCGGAGCCCUUCCCUGGGGCGGCCAGACUAAACUAAUGCUGCCUGUGUUGGUGUCACUGAUUUCCACUGGCAGCGUUUAUGCGGCAUUUGCGGGGCCGUACAAGAUCACAGUUCGCUCGCUGGGCUCCUGCCCUAUAUCAGAAUUCGACGCCGAUGACGACCUCAUCAUACAGGGAGUUUUACACUCGAAUCGUUCCAGCAAGGAACACCAACUCUUCAACGGCUACGGUACGGUGAAACACAACGUGCUCGUGCGAGGUGAAAGCAUGGUUAAAUUUGACAUUGCUAAGUGGGAUACAGUGUCAGGAUGGAGAGAGAACUUCUGGGCAGUGGCGCUGCCUGACUUUUGUUUCCUUGUGGAUGAUAUAGGAAAAGAGUUGAUGGAGGUACUUGCGAAACACAUCGAUGGUUACCCCCGAAAGUGUCCUAUUCCCAACCGGACCUACAAUAUCACUAACACGCCGUCCCGAAUCGGUCAGCUACGACGUUUUCCUGUCCUGCCCUACGGUCGAUUUCGCGCAUAUGUGAUCGGCGCCUACUCCAAAAGACCAGAAGUCAAGAAACCUCGAUUCUGCAUCAAACUUAUCGUAGACUUGACUGAAAAAUUCGUAACGGCUAUAAGUUAGCUAAGUAUCUACACUCCCAAUUUCCUACUGAGAAGUGCCGUGCAGUCAUACUAACCUAA